AUGUGUGGUUGUGGGAAGACCUACAAUUUGGGGACGGAUAAAGAGCCGGGCAUCUACGUGCAGACGCUGAACGACCUCUUCCGCGCCAUCGAGGAGACGAGCGAUGACAUGCAGUACAGCGUCUCCAUGUCUUACCUGGAGAUCUAUAACGAGAUGAUUCGGGAUCUGCUGAACCCCUCCUCUGGGUUCCUGGACCUGAGGGAGGACUCCAAAGGGGAGAUCCAGGUGGCCGGAAUCACCGAGGUGUCCACCAUUAACGCCCGUGAGAUCAUGGAGCUGCUGAUGAGGGGCAACAAGCAGCGGACGCAGGAGCCGACGGCAGCCAACCAGACGUCGUCGCGCUCGCACGCCGUGCUGCAGGUGGCCGUCAGGCAGCAGAGCCGCUGCAGAGACGUGCUGCAGGAGGUUCGCUUCGCCCGCCUCUUCAUGAUCGACCUCGCCGGGUCCGAGCGUGCCUCACAGACUCAGAACAGAGGCCAGCGUCUGAAGGAGGGGGCUCACAUAAACCGCUCCCUGCUGGCUCUGGGGAACUGCAUCAAUGCCUUGAGUGAGAGGAGUGUGAACAAGUAUGUCAAUUACCGAGACAGCAAGCUCACUCGCCUACUGAAGGACUCACUGGGAGGGAACAGCAGGACUGUGAUGAUCGCUCACAUAAGCCCCGCCUCUAUGGCCUUCGAAGAAUCACGCAACACACUGUCAUACGCUGACCGUGCCAAAAGCAUCCGCACACGGGUGAAGCGUAACCUGUUGAACGUCUCCUACCACAUCGCCCAGUACACCAGCAUCAUCGCCGACCUGCGCAGCGAGAUCCAUCGGCUCAAGAAGAAGAUCGCUGAGCAGGCCAGCCGCCACAUGAACUCCGACAGGACGGACAUUCGCCACGUGCAGGCGGAGGUCCAGGCCCACUCGACCCAGCAGAGCCGGGCGGAGAUGGACCAGCUGAGGGAGCAGCUCAUCGACGCCUUCCGCCAGCAGAUGGAGAUCCGCAAGAGCCUGAUGGAGCUGGACAACAGCAACAUUGAGAUCCAGAUCGACACGUCCAAACACCUGCUCACCAUCGCAGACUGGGAGCAGGAGCGCUGUCAGCGGAGGAGGAAGUGGAGAGCGGAGAGGAGGAAGGAGAGUUUUCACAAGGAUGAGAGCGAGAAGGACUCCGACUCGUCCGAGUCGCCUCCCGACAGCACCGAGACGCAGGAGGUCGCCAUGGCGAGGGAAAACCUGGUCACACUCAUGGCCGAGCAGAAGAAGAUCCGCAAACAGAAGGGGUCUCUGGAGCGGCGGUUCCUGGAGCUGCGACAAAGGGCCCGGCGUCUGGAGGAGCUGCUGCCCAGACGAGUGAGCUCCGAGGAGCAGAGGGAGGUGCUGGGCCUCCUGUGCAAGGUGCACGAGCUGGAGAUCGAGAACGCCGAGAUGCAGUCCCACGCGCUGCUCAAGGACAACCUCAUUCGGCAGAAGGACGCCGUGGUGCAGCGCUUCGAGCAGCACCGCCACCUCUGCGACGAGAUCAUCCAGCAGCAGCGCCAGUUCAUCAGCGACCACAGUCUCCUGGUGCCGCCUCACCUGCAGGAGCUCUACGAGAUGUACAUGAGGGAGCUGGACGAGAAGAGCCUGGACCGCAUCAUGGCGCUGGACAAGGUCACCGGACGCACGCUCAAGGAGGGCUCGCUUCCAAAAAUCACCCUCCCCAGUAGAGGUCGUGACCCCCUGCAGGAGCUGGACUCUGACCAGGAGAGCGUGCGCACGCUGGGCUCGGACAGCCGACGGGGUCGGGCCAAAAUCCGCCGUCAUACUCUGCCACCCAUCCUGCCCGAACCUGAGGGGGACAACAACCGUGUGUUCAAAAACAGUCCUCAUGCCAGGCAGAUGAAGAACCAUGUGGUGAUGACGCCUCCGCCCAUACACAUCAAUGGCCUGGGGAACAGAGGGCUCCAUCCGUGUGUGCCAGAGAGCGCACUGAGCUACAGCCACCUCAGCCACAGCGUCAGCAGCCACCUGGACUCGUCUCCAGAGAGCAGUGAGAAUGGCACCGACGUCCCGCUCUCACGCAAAGAGCGGCAGCAGAUCAUGCGCGGCGUGGAGAGCAUCGCCGUGAAGGCCGCCCGCCGCCGCUCCAAGGCCCUGGAGGUGGACGCCCUGCGCCUGCCGCCGCCCCCCUCCCCGCUGGACCCCAAGAAGCAGAAGAGCAGCCUGUCGCUGAGCGAAGCGCCCCCGCUCGGCCCCCCCACGCCACGAGGGGGUGGCGUCGGCGUCUGCGGUCACCAGCCCAGCCCCGAGCUCCGGCACGCCACCUCUGACGACAACCUGUCCAGCAGCACGGGCGACGGCACGUGGACCCGCCCGCGCCAGCGUCAGCCGAUCGCCAAGAACCCCGGCAACCGCGAGCAGGACUUUGAGGCACGCCGGCGCAAGAAGAGAUCCCGCUCUUUCGAGGUCACAGGCCAAGCUUUGUCUCAGGCUAAGACCACGGCUCAGCGGUUUCGGCCCCUAGACAGCACUUCAGACCCCCACCUUCACAUCAACCGGCCCCCACCCUCCCACCUCCGCCCCCAGCACCGAGGGGUCCCUCCCCUGGCCAAAGCACGCCAACCCCACCCUUCCCAGAUCACAGGCCAAACUGUGGACAACGGCACCAGCUCCCUGUCCCACCUGGGCCAGUUGAGGCGCCAGCUCCGCCAGCCCCAGCCCCUGCUCUACGUCACCACCACUGGGGCAGGAGGGCAGCGCACCCGCAAGCACUGAGGCCUCCCUCUCCCCCCAACAACCCUCCAGUACCCCCAAAACUGUAGACCCUAACUGUGCUCACCUGAACUUCCCCCAGCACCAGCACUAACAAAAGUACAGACUGUGAACCAUACUCUACUACUUAGUUAGCUACUAGGAGGGCUGUGAACUGUAAAUGUCUCUCACACACACACACACACACACACACACACGCACAGGGACCCAUUGACCUACUGUACUUGUAGGAGAUGUUGACAAUGCCUUGGGCUGUUCACAGGGCGAGAGAAGGUCUGAGAGAUAGGACGUUCCGACGCUGUUCGGCUCGCCCGGUUCCGUGACCGCCUCGCCUGUUUUUCUCCCCUUUUUUCUUCGCUAAAGUGCUCAAGACGAAUCCCUCCCCCCUUUGACAAAGGCCGACUGUCCACCUCUGUGGAUCGACGGUGUUAGUAUGACGCUGUACUUAAUUCUUUGUCUCUAGAAACAUUUGACCUUCACAUUUGCAAAGGGCCUCAACAUGUGACGUCCACCCGGUUGAUGCAAUUGUGGAGACAAAAAAAAAGAAAAGAAAUACGAUGUAAGUGCUAAGACGAAUGUGAACGCUUGUAAGAUAAUAAGACUAAAAUGACAGAGGGUAAAACCUGCCUUUUUAUUCCUCUGGAGGGAAGGACAGACCCUGGCCUUAUGCUGAGGGUAACGGAUAAACCACUGAAACCACAGAAUGGCAACCAGGCAAGACAUACUCUAGGCCUCUUUAAUGUUAAUCCAGUUCAUCAGUAUCAGACAUAAUGUGCAGACAUUUUUAGGUAUACUAUAAAUUGCUUUGUUUCCAGGGAUAUACAUAAAGUAUACUGUACAGUAUGCAUUUACUGUUCAGUAACAUUACUACGUAAGAGUCACAAUGCCAGGCAACUAGAUAAGCCUAGUUUUGGACAAAAUUUGAGAAAUUUAGGUGGACCAUUUUCCCCCCACAUGAAAUGCAGUUUAGUCAUGGUCUAGGCUUAUUUCCUCUGUGAAACUGGCUCUUCUGGCUUUAAAAUAACCACUGUAACAGCCGCUCAUUCAUUCAUGAUGAAAGGGCCACCAUUGUUGUCGACCUAAAAUAUCUCCUUUUGAAGUUGCAUAUGGAGCUCACUCUCUGUCUCUGUUCCUGCUAUUUCUGGACUGGGAGAGGCCAAUGAUGAGGCUUCUUCACCAUCUGUCUUGUACUGCUGCCUUUUCCUGUGAUGUUCGCAAUCUUUUUUUUUUUGGUUGUUUUGUUUCGUUUUACAUGAUUAUACAUACAAGACGCUAUUUUCUACACUUUAUUUUGUACAUUUUUUAUUUGUAAUCAGAAUAAAUUUGGAUGAAACAAG